CUUCGAAUUUAUUACAAUGAGCGAAAUUUACCUUAAAUUCGACAAAUUUUACCCUACCACAGAAAAAAAAAAAAUUUAAGAAAAAAGGCCGAAAUGCUGGGGGGUGCGUGCCCACUUGCUGGAAGCCGGUCGCGAAGCCAGCAGCUCCAGUUACUGCGUCUGAUGUGCUAAAGAAGAGUGAGUCACUGAGUCAAUCAAUUUGCCAGAAAAAAAAAACUAAUUUUUCUAACAAAUCUCCUCCUCCUCUUCUUCUUCCUUCAUCCACACACACCACCGCCUCCUUUCUUAUUCCCUAAUUAAUUAACUACUUCUCUUCACCCUCUGGAGGCCGCGUCUAUAUAUCCAUCCCUCCAUUCCCAUAAACCAACAAAACACAAAGCCAAGUGAGAGUGAGCUGAGAAUUGAAGUCGACGGCGGCAGUCGACCCUAAUUGCAGAAAGAGAGAGAGGAGGCUAGGUAGAGAGUAUGAGCAGAGAGGAGGAGGAGAAGAGCGGUGAGGCGGCGGAAGGGGGAAGUAACAGCUGCAGUGGCGGUGGGAGCAAGGAACUGGCAGUCGGUGGCGGAGGAGGAAGGGAUGUUGCUGCUGUUGUUGGUGAUGACGAGGAUGAGGAUGAUCACGAGCAUGACAUGGUGAUGCCCGGGUUUCGAUUCCACCCGACGGAGGAAGAGCUGGUUGAGUUCUACCUUCGCCGUAAGGUGGAGGGCAAGCGCUUCAACGUCGAGCUCAUUACUUUCCUCGACCUUUACCGCUACGACCCCUGGGAGCUCCCAGGUGCAGCGAUGGCGGCGAUAGGGGAGAAGGAGUGGUUCUUCUACGUGCCGAGAGACAGGAAGUACCGGAACGGGGACCGGCCGAACCGGGUGACGACGUCCGGUUACUGGAAGGCGACGGGGGCGGACCGGAUGAUCCGGACCGAGAGCUCGAGGUCCAUCGGGCUCAAGAAGACGCUGGUGUUCUACUCCGGGAAGGCGCCCAAAGGGAUACGGACCAGCUGGAUCAUGAACGAGUACCGCCUCCCUCACCACGACACCCAGCGCUACCAAAAGACGGAGAUAUCGCUUUGUCGGGUAUACAAGAGAGCCGGAGUGGAAGACCACCACGGCGGCCCCUCUCUCCCACGCUCACUCCCUUCAACCAGAACACCUCACCAUCAUCACCACCAUCAUCAAAAACAACAACACUUGGGCGCAUCCACCUCUAAUUCCUCCUCCUCAACCUCCAACAAACACCACCACCACCACCACCUACAACAACAAACUCCACAAUACCCACAGCUCAACCUUCAACAACCCUUCACCCAAGUCCUCAUGGAUGUCGACAAGCUCACCUCCUCCUCCUCCACCUCAACAGCAACCCUAGAAAACACCGCCGCCACCGCCGCCACGACUCUAGGGUUACUACUUCCCAACCACAUGAUCACACUCGCCACCACCACCGCUGCCGCCACGCUGCAGGCACCAGCACCCCCACUUCCCCCGCCGCCGCCGCCGGAUGAAGUGGUGGCCGACGAGCAGUUCCUCAUCCUAAGCGGCAGUAACCCUAACAACAGUAACGACAACAACAAUAGUAACACUACUACUCUCAAUGCUUUGGAUGAUCUACACCGGCUGGUGAACUUCCAGCAGCAGCAGCAGCAAUACUACACCUCACUACUUCAACAGCAACAGCAGCAGCAGCAAAUGAUGUUCCUGCCGCCUCCACAUCAGCAGAUGCCGAGCUUUAGCAACAGCAGGUCGCCGCUGCAGAUCUGGGAGUGGAACAACAACAACAACAACGUUGUUCCCAUCCCGCCGCGGCCUGAUCAUGACGAAGAUCAUCAAGCUAAUGAUAAUGAUCGAGUUGGAGGUCAUGGAACGUCUGGUGAUAAUCAUAAUCAUCACUACGACGUAAACCGAUAUUAAAAAGCAUCCCUUCAAGAAGUGAGCCAUCAGCAGCCUUAAUUACGUGGGAUUAAACUUAGCUAAUAGCUACGAAUAUUAGUCAAAAUUCUACCAAUCAAUCACAUGCAUGGCGUACGUACGUGUUUAGUUAUUUGUGUGUGGUAAUUAGCGCAGAUAUAUAAACUCAGCUUUCUACGACUUAGACGCAUAUAUAUAUAUCCUUUAAUUACAUGCCUGGAUACACCUCUUAAUUGCUGCUGCCUCCUGAUCAUAAGAUUACUAAUAUUCUAGC